AUGUGGCCCAGCACUGAUUGUGCACACUGGGCACCCUCCAAAAUGAUCCACAGACUAGGCAAAGAAAUCAACAACCCAGACUCUGUGUACUACUGGGCUUACAAGGUAACAUUUGAAUUUAACACAUACAAGUCACCUUCACCUCAGUCCCUCCUCAAAUUUGAAUCUCUUAAUGACUGUAUGAUUGUCUUUCAGAAUGACAUCCCAGUGUUUAGUCCCGCCUUCACUGAAAGCUCAUUGGGUGAUAUGAUCUAUUUCCACUCAUAUAAGAACCCUGCCCUGGUGCUUGACAUUGUGGAGGAUUUUCAGCAUUUGAACAGCAAGGCAGUAUUUGCCAAGACCACAGGGAUGAUCAUUCUCAGAGGAGACCUCGUCAAACACCACAUCUCCAACGCUAAUCUCAUGAGGAAUAGAGCAAAUUUUGCGGUGUUUAUCAACACUGGUCAGGAGUUUGAAGGCUCAGAUUCCGGCUCUCGGCCAGAUGAAGCCAUUUCUUGGGGAAAGAUCCGCCACACCUGUAAAGAUAAGAUUAAAUCUGAAUGAUAUGACAUUAUGCUCUUAGUAAUAUGAUGCUUCUGUAGUCCUUCCACUUUUAGUGGC